AUGAGGUGGCAGCCAUUGCUGUCAGAUUCAUUUUUUUGUUGUUCCUCCUCUUCUUCAUCCAAAUCAGAUUCUUUUAUAAAAACAACAAAAGUAUUUGCUUCCAACAAAAAACAAUUUUCUAAUUUUAAUUCUCCAAAAAUUACCUCAAAUAAUUAUUUUGCCAUCAAAAAUUUUAAUUUUUUAAUUUUAUUUAAAUUUUACAAUUUAUUAACAUUUUUAUCUAUUUUUUGUUGUGUUUCCUCUUUUUCAUUAUCCCCUUCUUCUAAUAAUCUUUUAACAACAACACAGCCUAGGCCUUCAUGCCGUGAACAUUUGCUCAACGGAAAUUCUGAAAAUAAAAUAUUUCCAUUAUUGAGUCUUUCAAACCUAAUUUAUUGGUUAGAAUGCCGUUUUCCUCCUCCAGGUCCCCAAUCCGGACGUUUAUCUUAUCAAACAGUAAUUAACAAUGCAUUGACUGGUCGCUGGAUAAAUUUAGAUGAAAUUAAAAAAGAAACUAAUAACCAACCAAUUUAUGUUCAACAACAAAUCACAAAUUUUAAUUUUCUUUCAAAAUUAAUUGUUAAUUCUGAUGAAUGUUUACAAUUAAUUAAUAUUAAAUGGUUAGAAGGAGAAGAAGAAAAUAAUUUAUUAAAUGAAACAGAAAGUAUUGUUUUUGAAACAUUUAGCAAAGAAAAGCUUAAAUUUAAUCGAAAUAAUGCCACAAAUAUUAAUGAAGUGAAUACUUUUUCUAUUCGUUCUGGACCUGUUAUUAAAAUUAAUUCUCCAUUUCCUUCAAAAACAUCUAUCAAUCUUGGACCUUUAAUUUGUCGACAAAUGUUAAUUCCUCGUCCAGAAUGUCAAUUUGAACUUCGUUCAGAUAAAGACAGAAUUAGAUUAAAAUUAUUUGAUUUGAGGAAAAAAUCAACAGCUAGUACUUUAAGUAUUUCUUUUAGAACAAGUAAACCAAAUGGGCGUUUACUUGAAUUACUUGAUGGUGGUAAUGGACCUUUAGGGGCGCUUGAUCUUCAUUCAUUAUCUGUUCGUAUCGACAAUUUGUGGACUUCUCUUUCAUUACGUGAAACCUCAGAUUUUGGGGAGCCUAAAUGGAUAGAUAUUCUUGUUCAUGGGGAAGUUGCCGCCCUUCGAAUUUUGGAUAAUAAUGGAGAUGAUGGAGGAGAAGAGCAAUGGAUUUGUAAUGAUUUGACAAAUAACGAUUUACUCGAAGUUCGUCAAUCCCUUCCCCAACAACAUAUAUUCUCUCAACCAGCAGCUUGUGCACCUUCUAACCUAGAACAAAACUUUUGUAAUUGCAAAGGACCUAAUUCUGCUUUAAUUCAGAAUGGGGGGUUUUCUCUUAGUAAUUCUCAAAUUGCCAAAUGUUCUUUGCUGCCAAAUGAUGAAAAUUCUUCCGUCCAUUUAUCUCGUUAUUCUGAUCGCCUUGCUUUUUUACUUAUUCCAAUGCAAAAUAACAAUUUUGGUUUAAAAACAACAAUUUCUGUCCUUUUUAAAAGCGAAAAGGAAUCGGGUUUAAUUUUAUUUGGAGUAUUUUCUCCACCAAUUUCACCAACAAAUGGGCAACAAAAAGUUUUAUUAAAUGGUGGGGGAAGUCUUGGAAGAAUUCAAGUACAUUUUGUGGAUAAUAAAGUUUUUGCUUCACAAUGUUUACUUUUGGCUGAUGGAAGUGAAAAAUGUUAUUCUUGUUUUGUUAAAUUAAAUAAAGCAUUUGGUUCUCACGAUCACUGGACAAGAAUUUCACUUUUUCAUCAAUUAGGCAAUAAUUUUAUGUCUGUCGAUGAUUUAGUUUGUUUAUUAUCUCCAAAUUCAGCAGUUGUAGAUUCUUCGGAAUUAUAUAGAAUUAAUGCAAAAAAUUUUCUCUUUGUUGGCGGCACUUUUUAUGCAAAAAAUAUUUUAUUAAAUAAAAUUGUAUCAGAACGAUUUAAAAAAGAUUUUCAAGACAAUACAAAAGAAAAAGCUCCUUCUUUGGAGGGCUGUAUUGCUGAAAUUUUAAUUAAUGGAAAUAAAUUAAAUAUUCCUCAAUUAAUUAAUGAACAAAAAGAAAGAGCAGCUAUUGAUAAAGAGAAUUUAAAUAAUAUUUUUUCUGUUAAAUUGGGUAAAUGUGGAAAUUGUCCAAAUGAAUGUGGAGGAGCACCUUGUUCUCGUCAUUCUGAUUUACCUAUUUGUCAAUGCUCUAAAAUCUUUUCUCCUUCGGACAAAGAAAUUGGUGGAAGUUGUUUGAUAAAUAAAACAACAGAACAAUUAAAAAUUGAAAGUAAAAGAAAGAAUUUUAAAUUAUUUAAAAAUAUUUUUUUAAAAGUUCCUUCUUCACAAACUUCUAAUUCAAUUAAAAUUCCAAUACAAACACCUUCUUUAAUAGCCAAUAAUGGACGUCCUCGAAUGGCAAAAUUAAAUAAAAUUUGGAUUUUAUUUAAAUUACCAGAAAAUAAAUUAAAUAAAGAAGAAUUAUUUUUAAAAAUUGGAAGUUUAUAUUUAAAUAUUGAUAAUUAUGAACACAAAGUUUUAUUAGAAUCAAAAGAAUAUGGAAUAUUUGAAGAAUUUUUAAUUGAAAAAACAAUAGAUUCUCGUUUACAUUUAUUUUCAAUUGAAAGAAAAUUAAAUAAUUUUGGGGCAAAUAAUGAUGGAAAUUUAUUGUCAAUUCGUUUUGAUAAUCAAAUUAAAUAUUUACAAUUAGAAGAAAUACCUAUUUUUGUUUUAUCCCCUAAUUCAAUUGAAACAUUUGAAAUUGAAGUUUUCCAAAGUAAAGAAGGGAAUGGGGAUUUAAUUGAUGAUAGUAAUGGGUGUAUUGAAGGUAGAUUUUUAAAUAUUUUUUUAUUUUAGAGUAGGGGAAUUUAAUAAAGAAUGGUAAUUCUGAAAUUUUUGGGGGUUUUUGCUUCAAAAUCAUAACUUUUCUAC